UAUGUCUUUUGGGAGGGUUACUAGAACAAUUCUUUGACAAUUAAUAGUAGUAUUAACAUUAUUAUUAUUAGUGUUUGACAAAUAGUACAAUAUUAGUAACCCAAUCACACAGCAUUGCCAGUAUACGCAAGUGACGAUUAAACGAUUAUUCGCCAAGUACACGAGUCGUUUGAGUCCGGCUUAAUGCCAAGCCAAUGCCAUAGGCCACCACAGUACAAUAGGCCACAGCCAAAAAGCCCUUUGCCUUUGCCAUCAAUAAAUUGUGACUGCUUUUUUGGUUUUUUAAUACUUAUUCAAUUAGUAGUAAAUAAGUGCACACUAGUAACAAUACUCGAAUAUUAACAAGAAUAAAAUUCAUCAAGUACGAUAAUUUUAAAAUCAACACAAUGGAAGUAAAACAAGAACAAAAUAAUUUUUCCGAAGAGAAAUGCCUCAUUGCCAGUGAAUCCGCCCAAAGUGAAUUUCGUUAUCCUGUUAAAAGUGAGGUAGAGGAAGACUCAGUUAAAACUGAAAAUAUCGAUUAUUUGGGCUAUGGCAACUCUUCAAAUCAAUCGGGUAUGGACGUUACCACUCAAGACAUGAAAUUAGAGGAGCAGGACAAGGCUGAACAAGUACAUGGUGAAAAUGUUGUGGAAGUUAAAGAAGAAAUUAAGCAAGAGGUUGGGGACUAUGAGGAAAGCCAUGCAGAGAGCCAAUUGUCAAUGUCACUUACCCUUGAAGACCUUAAAGAUGAACCAAAGGAAGAAUGUUCAGGUUUUCUGGACAAGAAUACAAUGGAAAUAACAUUACCUAGUUCAAUGUCGUUUUCUCAUGAAGAGGCAAUUAGAAAACCUGUUCAAAAACACACAGGAAAACAACGUUAUCAAUGUGAAAUUUGUUUUAAGUCGUAUUCCCGUGCAAGUGAUCUGAAAGUACAUAUGAGAAUACACAACGGAGAAAAACCAUAUCAUUGUGAAAUAUGCUUGAACUCGUUUUUCAAAUCACGUGAUUUGAAAAUACACAUGGCCAUGCACAUUGGGGAAAAACCUUAUCAAUGUGAUAUUUGUUUUAAAGGUUUUUCCGAUACAAGUAAUUUGAAACGACAUAUUAGGGUGCACACCAAAGAGAAACCUUUUCAAUGUCAAAUUUGUUUAAAGUCGUUUUCUGAUUCAAGUUAUUUGAAAACACAUGUGAUAAUUCAUACUGGGGAAAAACCUUAUCAAUGUGAUAUUUGUUUUAAGUCGUUUACCCAAAUGUCUACUUUAAAAAUACAUAUGAGAGUUCAUACUGGAGAAACACCAUAUCAAUGUGAAAUAUGUCUAAAGUCGUUUUUCAAAACAAGUGGUUGGAAAAAACACAUGAGAGUGCACACUGGGGAAAAACCUUAUAAGUGUGAUAUUUGUUUUAAAUGUUUUUCCGAUACAAGUUCUUUGAAACGACAUAAUAUGAUGGUGCACACCAAAGAGAAACCUUUUCAAUGUCAAAUUUGUUUCAAGCCGUUUUCUGAUCCAAGUAAUUUUAAAAAACAUAUGAGAUUACAUACUGAAGAAAAACGUUAUCCAUGCGAAAUUUGUUUUAAGUCGUAUUCCCGUGCAUAUGAUCUGAAAGUACAUAAUAUGAGAAAGCACACUGGAGAUAAAUUUUCAACUUCUUAGGAUUGUGUAUCCAGUAGGAAGUUGACAACAACAUUAACCACUAGUCUACUUUAAUAUUUCUUAAAUGCGGAUGUAUGAGCACAUACGCCCCUUGAGCACUCGACAACACGAGUGGAUCAAUUUGGAAUAAUUAAUAGAUAGAUUAGGCGAAAACGGCGGGUUCGUUGGAGAAAAUAUUCCCAUGAGAUUUUUUCAUAAUCACAUUCGUGAGACAUCCCAGAAUAAAUAAGGUUCAAGAAGUCGCCCACGUGAAAAGUGGUCCAAAUUUUUUUUAAUCAAAUUGCAAAAGUAAAUAUUUUCGGCCCGGGCAAAUUUUUUUUUUAGAUAUUUUGGAGCAUUCUGGACAAAAAAAGGUUUCUUAUAAUUUUUCUCUAAAGUUGAUCGUUUUCGAGUUAUUAGCAAUUUAAAUUUAAAAAAACAAAAAUGGCGAUUUUUAAGGCUUAAUAACUCAGUUAAAAGUUAUUAUGAAAGUCAGAAAGUGACUAAAUCAAAGUUUAAAGCUCCCCUACAAGAUCCUGAAGAAAUUUUUGUCAUUAUUUUAUUACUAAGCUGUUAUUUUUAAUUAUAAUGAGCGCCAUGCACGUAUUAGGCACCCGUCAAUGGUGCGUGCGAGAGAGAUGCCAUUCUGGCAGUCAAUGGUGCAUUUUACUCGCACUCACAUUUACAGCCGCGUCAAUACGAUCUUACCGCUCAUUUUUAAUAAUUAAAAAUAACAACUUAGUAAUAAAUUAAUUACACAAAUUUCUUCAGGAUCAGGUAGAGGGCUUUGAUUUAGUCACUUUCUGACUCUUAAUAAUUUUUAACUGAGGUAUUAAGUCUUAAAAAUGGCCAUAUUGCGUUUUUCAAAUUUUAAAUUGCUUAUAACUCAAAAUCGAUCAAAUUACAACAUACCUUUUUUGUCCAGAAUGGUUCAAAAAACCUGAAAAAAACGUGUCCGGACCAAAAAUAUUUAUUUUUACAAUUUGAUUAAAAAAAAUUGUUAAAAAAAUUUGGACCACUUUUAGCGUGGGCGACUUCUUGAACCUUAUUCUGGGGUGUCUCACGAAUGUGAUUAUGCAAAAAAAUCUCAUGGGAAUAUUUUUUCCAACGAACUCGCCGUUUUCGCCUUGUCUAAGAGCGAUAUGGAUAAUAUUAACAUAUUAUGUUCCAAAUAAUUUUCCCAAUCUCAAAAUCUAAUAAGGGUACACACUGGAAAAAAACAUUUUCAAUGUAAAAUUUGUUUUAAGGCAUUUUCUCCGAAUUUGAUGAAAUCGCAUGGGGCACCGACUAGACACGUUAUCAAGGUGAAAUUUGUUUUAAGUCGUUUAUCCUUCUAAGUCAUUUGAAAAGUAUACAGUAUAUGACAAAUACUGUAUAUUCCAGUGUAGAUAGAAUUGAAACGAGACAACUAGUAUGGUAUGGUCUCGUGAAACGAAUGAAUGAAUAUAGAUGGCCAAAGAAAGAAAGUCAUAUUAAAAGGGUGUACUCGGGAGAAUAUUUAUUUUCCUAACAAGUGCAGAAAGUCAUUCUUUUCCGCACGCGACUGCAAUUUGCCGAACGACGCGAAGCGGGAGUUCGGCAAGCAGUCGAGUGCGGAAAAGAGGCUUUCUGCAAGAGUUAGGAACAAUAUUUUUUCUAAGAGUCUUUAAAAAAUUACCAAAUCUUAAUCAAUUAAUUUAAUUAAUAUGAAAAUACAUACACAAAUUAAUUCUUUGACAAGGUUGUCAAAACCAAACUUUCAAUAUAAUUAGUUAGCAUGACGACGAUCUUGGUUUCCAUGACGAUGAUUCAAAACGACUGUUAUUGUCUAUCGAUUUGACUUUCGAAUAUUAUGUCAAAAUAAUUUUAUUUCAUCGAAUUGUCAAUAGUAAUACCACUAGUGAUUCAAUUUUCGCGAUAAGUCUGUCGAUUUACUCCUAAACGAAACCGAGUUGCUUUAAGCAACUCAGUUGAGUUUAGAAAUAAAAGACAGACUUAUAAGAUAAAUUAAAUCACGAGUGGUAUUUUAUUAGACUAUUUCACGAACAAAAUGAUAGGUCAAAAAUUCAGUAGAAUGAGAGGAAGGAAUUUAAUAAUAAUACAUUUGAUCUAGGUAACCCAAAUCAACCCAUUUUUUGAAUAAUUCACAAUUAGUCAUAAUCAUGAAAUAUUUAUUAUAACUAUAAAUAAUUUGUUAUAAUUAUUUUUUACCUAUAACAAUAAAUAGUUGAAGGCCCAGUCUUUUAGAAUGAAUGCUAGUCUUUCGUUGUUAUUUUCUGCAUCUAAUUUGUAGUUGCGAUCCACACAGAACAUCAUAAAUUGUCUCCAUAUAUAAGAUUUAGAUUUUCUUGUGUUACUCGGUAUAUUUUCUUCAAUGUUUUGGUUUAUAACUUCGUUUGAAGCACCACCGAAACGACUCAUUUUGACGUAUACAGCUACAAUAAUUUUUUUGGCAAACGUCAAACUUUGCUUUGCGAUCGGUAUCCAUGGCUACGUCGUUGAAAACACGAAGCUGAUAGACCAAUCAGAAUUGAAAGACAGUUGGUGUUUUCGCGAUAACACAAGCUGUCUUUGGUUUGUGAUUGGUCAGAUUAUGUGAAAAUUUUAAGAUGAGUGAAAUAGUCGCGUUAAUUUCAUUAAAACAGGAACACAAUAAUAUAUAUUUGAAAUAAAUUAGUAAAUAAUAUCUAAAUAUUAGUUUAUUGCAUGUAUUAUAAUUACAUUAAGGCCAUAUUAACAUAUCUAAAUUAACACGCGUGCGGAAAAGUAACACGCGUGCGGAAAAGUGAAACUUUCUAAACUAAAAUGCGUGCGCAAAAGUAGACAUUUUUGCACUCUCUUAAAAAAAAACUGUACCAAUGUGAAAUUUGGUCAAUGUCGUUUUUUUCAAUCAGGUGAUCUCAAAAACCGUACGACCCAGCACCUUGGUAGAAAAGCUGAUCACUGUGACAUUUGUUUGAAGUCAUUUCCUCGUGCAACAACUUUGCAAGGACAUAGGCGAUUACACACUGGAGAAAAACCGUAUCGAUGUGAAUUGAUAGUGCAUAUGGCAAAUUACACAGAAACACGUUAUUAAUGUAAAAUUUGUUGGAAGUUGUUUAUACAUGUAAGGUCUUUGAUAGUAUCACAGUUAAGAAAAAGCUCAUCAGUCUAGAAAUUUGUCAUUGUUUUCCGAAUCAGAUCAUAUGAAACAACAUAAUGUGACAUUGCACACUGUCAAAAAGUCUUCAUAGAGUAAACUUAAUGUAAACAAUUAUGAAUGUUUUGUAUUUUGUUCAUGGAGGACAAUAAAUGUAUACAAUUAUGCUAAAAGAAA